UAAUGAAGCAACACAAACCAGCUCUCACAAUCACAAUCUCAAUUUCCAUACACAAUCUUUGUGGUCAACAAUGGCCGACAAGACCAACGCUGUGGUUACAAGAACCUAUGAAACUGGACCAUGCCAAGAGGAGGAUGCAAGCUCCGGCAUCCGCACCGCGGAGACGCUGCUGAGACUUUUCCCGGUGGGGCUGUGUGUGGCCGCGCUAGCCGUCAUGAUUAAGGAUUCGGAAACUAAUGAAUAUGGUUCUUUAUCCUACUCCAACAUCACCGCUUUCAGGUUUUUGGUGCAUGCUAAUGGUAUAUUGGCUGGUUAUUCGCUGCUAUCGGCUGCUUUCACGGCAGUACCUCGCCCUAUAACCAUGUCACGAGCCUGGACCUUUUUCCUCCUUGACCAGGUUUUAACAUACCUGAUAUUGGCCGCGGGUGCUGUGGCUACGGAGGUGGCGUUUCUGACGUAUAAAGGUGACGUGGCAGUGACAUGGAGUGAAGCGUGUGGGACCUACGGUAGGUUCUGUAAACAAGCAACAACGUCGAUCAUCAUCACGUUUCUGGUGGUGGUCUGCUACAUUAUACUAUCGUUAAUUUCAUCAUAUAGGUUGUUUAGUAAGUAUGACGCACCUGUUGAGUAUCGUAACAAGGGGAUUGAGAUCGUUGACUUUGGGAAUUAAGAUGGUUGACUCUUGAAGAACAAGAAUAAGAUGGUAAAAAAAGAUAAUAUUGUAUGUUUAUCAAUGUUCUUCGGUUAUCAUGUGUAGUCUCUUGGUUGUAACUUAUAAUCUUUAUAUUAUAUGAACUUAUAGCAUUUAGUUGUCAAGAUUUUCAUUUGUUGGUUCA